AUAUUCACUCCUCCUGCCUCAGCCUCCUAGAGUGCUGGGAUUACAGGUGUGUGUCAUCAUACCUGGCUAGCAAUUCUACUUUUAUUCCUUCUUCGUACUGGCUUUCCAUUUCCUUUUUUUUUUUUUUUUUUUAACUGCAGCAGAAGUUUUCUUGGCUUUCUUUAUUUGGUCCCAGUAAGUGUUCUCAGCUUCCCUGUAGCAGGGCACAUGCAUCCACACCUCCUUGCCUGUGCCCCGUGUGGCUUGGGCACCUGUAGUAAUGGCCUUUCUGUGUUGCUAGUGUCUGUCUCCGAGCCCCAAGCCCCUGUUCUGUGAAGGCUUUCCGACCCCCUCUGUGUUCCCCACUCAUUCCUGUGGCCUGGAGAGGACGCUGGGCUGCCUGAGCUCAGUGGAGCCCAAGGUGAGCCCAGGGUAGGUGGUCCUGGGCAGGGCCGGAGUGGUGGGGUGGAGCCAGAAGAGUUGUAUUCCUGGAAGAGGUUGCAGGUUCUCAUCCUCUCCUCCUUGAAAAACUUUAACUGAGCAGAGCUGCCUGCCUUUGUUGGCUUUGAUUAGUCCUCCAGGAAAGGAACAUGUCUGAAUGAGAUGGUGUUUCAUGUAACACUUGGGCUGGAACCUAGUGCUCUAUAAAAGCUGGCUGGUCUCCUUCUGGCACUCCAGGGUAGGACCCAGAGGCUAAACAGUGCCUGCCUUUGGCCAAGGGAAGAAGGGCAGAGGGCCAGGUCGGUGCUUCUGUCUCCUCUCUGUCCAGCUGUGUGCCCUCCGGUAGCUUGCGGACUUGGUGGGCUUUCAGUCAGCACAUCUGUUCACUGGGGUACAGAUAACAGUAUCCGCCCCACUGCAGAGACUGUGAUAUACAAAUGAGACAAACAUUUGUCCAGCUGGGAGAGACCUUGGCGGUGGGCUGACAAUUCCUGGGUGAUUGGGCAGGACCCGUGACUGUCUCAUUCAUUUUUGUAUCUCCAAGCACCUAGCACUACUCUGGCCCACAGUAGCUGUUCCAUUUAUGUUUCUUUUUUGCCAGUCCUAGACCAAAGGCUCAGAAAAGUCACUUAAUUGUUCAAGGUCACAGGCAGGGAAGAGGCAGAGCCCUGUCUGGUUUGUGGGAAGCCGUAGGAGUGACUCCAGUUCUCUGCCCCUCCCUCCCACAUCCAACCCUGACAGGUACUGUACCAUUCUCAUGCAACCCGUCUGUUCUCCGGGUCUGGGAUUGUCGAGGCUGGAACCCUGCAAGGGGCAUGGUAGGGCCCUAGGACUGGGUGGGCUAAGACAGGGUCUGGAAAUGCCUGUUCCACCGGACCAGAUGGGCCUGCUGUGUGCAGCUGAGAAAGUCGGGUCUUCUGGGUGGGAGAGCAGGGACACUGCUAGAGUAGGGGAGACUGUCCUCUGGGGCAGUGUGGGCCCUUCUCUCCAGACAGCCUGCCCCUCUUCCUUCUCCCCUCUCUGGUCCUUUCCUCUUUCUCUUUUUUCUUCAGUUCUUUUCUGUAUUCCUUGAGUUUCCCCCUCACCUUUUCAUUCAUCCCUGUCUUGGUUUCUGCCUCCUCUUUCUGCCCUUCCCUUUGUCCAUCUCUCUCCCCUCCCACCCAAGGCCUCAGCAGUCAGGUUGUCCUCAUAGGGGGAGGCUAGGUUGGUUUCUCUGAAGGCCAGGGAUGCUCAGGGGAACCUCUGCUGGAAGCCCAGAGGGAGCCCCACAUGCCAGCAUUUCUGGUUUCUUAGAACAGAAUGGCUCUGUUGGUAGUUGGGUGGGUGAAGGGAUUGUGGCUGCCCAGAAAUUCAGUCCUUUGACCCUCAGCACCACUCCCUGGGCCUUUACUCACCUCCUUGGACAUCUUGGGCAGGUAGGUGGACCCUCGUGCACCCUUGGCCAGAGGGUCUCCCAAUAAGGGCUGGUGGCAGAGCUUCCUGGCCUGACUUCCGCCCUCCGGCUUCCUCUCUCCAGCUUUUUCCCCCAGAGGUACCUGCUAGGAUGGAGAGAGCUGGCCAGAGCAGAGAGGAGGGUUCUGCUCAGACCCCUGCCAGGUGGCCCGAGGCAGCUGGGAUGACAGUUCUCCCCAGGAACCGUGCUACCUGCUGAGAAACAUGAUCAGCAAGUCCCGCUGGAAGCUCCUGGCCAUGUUGGCUCUGGUCUUGGUGGUCAUGGUAUGGUAUUCCAUCUCCCGAGAGGACAGAUACAUUGAGUUUUUUUAUUUUCCCAUCCCAGAGAAGAAGGAGCCAUGCUUCCAGGGCGAGGCAGAGAGGAAGGCCUCUAUGAUCUUUGGCAACCACACCCGAGAUCACCCUAUCUUCCUGCAGCUUAAGGAUUAUUUCUGGGUCAAAACACCAUCUACCUAUGAGCUGCCCUAUGGGACCAAGGGGAGUGAAGACCUGCUCCUCCGGGUGCUAGCCAUCACCAGCUACUCCAUACCCGAGAGCAUCCAGAGUCUUAAGUGCCGCCGCUGCGUGGUGGUGGGGAACGGGCACCGGCUUCGAAACAGCUCGCUGGGAGAUGCCAUCAACAAGUAUGAUGUGGUCAUCAGAUUGAACAAUGCCCCAGUGGCUGGCUACGAGGGUGACGUGGGCUCCAAGACCACCAUGCGGCUCUUCUACCCUGAAUCUGCCCAUUUUGACCCCAAAGUGGAGAACAACCCAGACACGCUUCUGGUCCUAGUAGCUUUCAAGGCGAUGGACUUCCACUGGAUUGAAACCAUCCUGAGUGAUAAGAAGCGGGUGCAGAAAGGCUUCUGGAAGCAUCCUCCCCUCAUCUGGGAUGUCAACCCAAAGCAGGUUCGGAUCCUCAAUCCCUUCUUCAUGGAGAUUGCCGCCAACAAGCUGCUGAGCCUGCCAAUGCAUCAGCUGCGCAGAGUCAAGCAGAAGCCGACCACAGGCCUGUUAGCUAUCACCAUGGCCCUCCACCUCUGUGACCUGGUGCACAUUGCUGGCUUCGGUUAUCCCAAUGCCUUUGAUAAGAAGCAGACCAUUCACUACUAUGAGCAGAUCACACUCAAGUCCAUGGCGGGGUCAGGCCACAACGUCUCCCAAGAAGCCUUGGCCAUCAAGCGGAUGCUGGAGAUGGGAGCUCUCAAGAACCUUACUUACUUCUGACUUGGCAAACUUAUCAGUUGCCUGCUCGCUGCCUGGACGACCCCUGUCCAUGUCUGUGAGGAAACCUGGUGCCAGCACUACCCACUUGGACCCACCCUCCCGUUUGGGGGAGGGGUCCCAGGACUGUUCUGGACUAAGAUGAAUCCAUGUCCCUGGUUGCUUUCAUGGAGCCCUGAGCCAGCCAAGGUGGAGGCCCCGGACGCCGGGAGCCUGUCCAAAACAGGGGACUUAUUACUGAGGCAUCCCCUUUUGCCAGCACACAGAGAUUAUUUAAUGGACUAUUUAAUUUUGACACAGGAGAGUGCUGUGGGCUGGUCCCAUGGCAUCCAGAAGUUUUUAUAAAAACUUAACAUGUGAUGGGCCUCCCAGGAGAGUGGAGGUAUCAGAGUGGGUGGGUGCCCUCCAGAGAGGGGUUGCUACCUCUCAGCAGGCAUGGGAGGAGCACUAGUGAGGGGGGCCACCCAAAAGUUGACCUCAUUAAAAUAUUUUUCCUAAAACGGAA